AAUGGAGAGCAAGAUUCGUAGCGAGAUGAGAAAUCAUGAGAAAAUGUUUAUUAAGCAACGGUCAAGCCUCCUCGAGAUCUUCCAGCUGUCCGAGAAUUUUACUCUGUGGCAUUGACAAUUGCCACACUCGACAUCUCGGACCAGCGCUUCUUCACACCCUUGAACACUUACCGUGCCACGUCUUGGAUGUCACAACACUUUUCGAAGAAACUGGACGAGCGGUCGAGGAAACGAUUAUCCAAAAAAUAAAGGCUGCAAGACACACGCUCCCCUCGCUGCUUUACGUGCCUGACAUUAUGUCCUGGUGGGACCUGGUCGACGAAGCAGCGCGUGUUGUUUUCAUGUCCCUGAUGCGAGGUCUCGAUCGCUCCGUCCACUUAUUAGUUCUGACUACCGCUAAUUCUAAUUUCACCGAUGUACCAUCAGAGAUUUCGUCCAUGUACGAUGAACAUCAAGGCGAAGUUUACGAGAUCGAACCACCCACUCUCUCAGAACGUCAGGCAUUUUUCGAGCAACUAUUUGGAAAUAUUCAUGAAAAUCUUGCGACCAAUGACAUAUCGAACAGAUCUUCUUACGUCGAUUUCGUACCAAUUAUGGCCCCGAGAAGAAUCAAAAUAGAGAAUCGAAAGCAAAAAAGUAAUAGUUCCCAAUUCGUAGAUGCCAGCAGCUCAUUCGACCCUCCCGAGGCGAUAGGUUCAAAAAAAAUAAAAACGGAAGCGAGAACGAGAAGCAAACUGAGUGCUGUCACUCCUGGCACCUCAACUUUUGGAACGAAAACAAGGGCUGCAACGAAACGCGAACAUAGUUCAGCUGGUGACGAUUUAUCCCCGAAGCGUCAACGGUUACCUCCUGGUGUAGCAACGUCCAAAGCAUCGGCCAGCAGUAUAGAGAAACUCACGGAAGUACAAAUUCAAGAAUUGCUUCAAGACAUCGUAAAAUCAACCGACCACUGGACCAGCCAGGCCCUCGAAAGUUUGUACGCCUCUUUGGAAUUGACACUUGAGAGAACCGAGGACGACGUUCAUCUCGCUAUGACCGAGUGUCUUCAGAGUUUCUGCGAGAUGGAGAAAAUCCAUGAAAAUGUCACAAAACGAGAAGAAUAAACGAACGUUGUGCUUCUGUCUUCGUAAAUCUUGUAUGUAAAGCUUCGAUGCUGUCUCCGGUGUGUGUGCAA